AUGUCCCAGCGGGUGAGGCGCAAUGGGUCCCCCACGCCGGCUGGCUCCCUCGGGAGCGGGGCAGUCACUACAGUCGGGGGAGCUGGGAGUCGCCUGCAGCCCAUGAGGGCGACGGUUCCGUUCCAGCUGAAGCAGCAGCAGCAACAUGGCAGCCCCACGCGGAGCAACGGCGGCGGCGGCGGCGGCAACAACGGCGCUCGCGGGAGCCCCCCACGGCCGCCGCCGCCGCCACCGCUGCUGGGCCCCGUGUCGUCGCCCUCCUCGUCGCCCACCCACCUGUGGACGGGUGAGGUGAGCACGGCCCCACCCCCCGCCCGCAUCCGGCACCGGAGGAGGUCCCCCGAGCAGAGCCGUAGCUCGCCGGAGAGAAGGAGCCCGAGCGCCCCAGUGUGCAAAGCAGCCGGUGGGAAGGGGUCCCGGGUGCUCGCGGCUCCCGCGCCGGGACUGCGGCGCUGCAGCGGGGCUGAGGUUGCUGGGGGCGGGGCCGAGGCUGUUGGGGGCGGGGCAAGGGGCGGGGCCUGGGUGUGUGGCCCCGGGGUCCGCCCUGCGCCGGCCUCAUUGAUGGCUGCGCGGGCCUCACUGGUACCGCUGGAGACAGAAGCUGCAUGGGCUGAAGAAUAUGCUGAAAAAAAAAAAGGGUCUCACAAACGUUCAGCUUCCUGGGGCAGUACAGAUCAACUAAAAGAGAUUGCAAAAUUACGUCAGCAGUUACAGAGAAGUAAACAUAGCAGUCGUCAUCAUCGAGAUAAAGAAAGACAGUCUCCAUUCCAUGGCAACCAUGCAGCUAUUAACCAGUGUCAGGCUCCUGUUCCAAAGAGUGCACUUAUUCCAGUCAUUCCCAUCACCAAAUCAACAGGCUCCCGGUUCCGGAAUAGUGUGGAAGGACUGAAUCAGGAGAUUGAAAUAAUAAUUAAAGAAACUGGGGAAAAGGAAGAACAACUUAUACCACAAGAUAUUCCAGAUGGUCAUCGGGCACCUCCACCUCUUGUGCAGAGAAGUAGCAGCACACGCAGCAUUGACACCCAGACACCUGGUGGGGCAGACAAGGGGAGCAACAACAGCAGCCGAUCUCAGUCAGUGUCCCCCACGUCGUUCCUCACCAUCUCCAAUGAAGGUAGCGAGGAGAGUCCUUGUUCAGCUGAUGACCUGCUUGUUGAUCCUAGGGAUAAAGAAAAUGGAAACAAUUCUCCUUUGCCCAAAUAUGCAACUUCUCCUAAACCUAACAACAGUUACAUGUUCAAAAGGGAACCUCCUGAGGGCUGUGAAAGAGUGAAAGUCUUUGAGGAAUGCUCGCCUAAACAACUUCAUGAAAUCCCAGCCUUUUACUGUCCUGACAAGAACAAGGUGAAUUUUAUUCCUAAAAGUGGCUCUGCUUUCUGCCUCGUCAGCAUCCUCAAGCCACUUCUUCCCACACCAGAUCUUACCCUCAAGGGCUCUGGCCACAGCCUGACAGUCACCACUGGCAUGACAACCACUCUACUGCAGCCUAUUGCUAUGGCCUCUGUGUCUACAAACACAGAGCAAGACCGAGUCUCUCGAGGAACAAGUACAGUCCUGCCAUCAGCCCCUCUACUCCCACCACCAGAAUCAAUCGAGGAAGCAGAAGGGUAA